AUGAUUGUGAUAAAGACUAUUAUUUUUUCUGUGUUAAUUACAGUUUGCUAUAGUAGGUUGCCCGACAAAGUGCUAUGUGCAAAUCAAGAAUGUAAUGCACCAAUAUCCAAAGCCAAAACUCUUCUUAGUUAUAGCAGUCCACAAUCUGAUCUCUUAUCAUUCAAAGGCAACUCAGAAGCAAUAAUAUUUAAGAAAUCAGCUGGAGGAAAUUCAGAUUUAUGGUAUGCCACUAUUAAUGGGAAGUCUGGUUUUGUAAAUACUAGAUUUUUAAGGGAGAUUAAAGUUUACACAAAGAAUUUAGUAGAGAUGCCCAUUGAUGUAAAACCUAUAGUUAAACCUGAUAAAGUACAACAACCCCAUGAAGUAUUUGAAGGAACAACAAUAUACUCACCAGAGCCUACUCCACCAGCUGAUGCAUCUAAAAUAUCAACAGAACAAAUAUCUCAAAUUAGUGAAAACAUCCCUGAAUCUAUUCGCAACAUUAACUUAGAAAGUAUGUUAAAAGAAGCUGAUCCUGAAUCCUCCCUAUUAGAGACAGAUAUAGAUUUAGUUAAUGAUAUGAGCAAAGAAAUUACAAGUGAGGAAGAAACACCAAAUGAUUCUUUAGAAAAAGUAGAUGAAAGUAGUGGCACUGAAGUCCAUUUCGACAGUAAGCAAGACACACUUGAGUCAAUAAGUUUAGUGUCUGAAGAAGUUUCUGGAACUACAGAAAGUGUUAUUAAGUCACAUGAAACAUUUGAAUCUAUUUCAAAUCCUCCUCCACUGGAACAAACGACUAGUGUCAAAGAUGAACCUCUGCUUGUCACUGAAACAGUACCAAGUAUUAGUGAACAGAAUGCAAACCUUGUAUCUAGUACAGAUAAAAGUGUAAAAAAUGAACCUCUGGUUGUCACUAAGACAGAACCAAAUAUUAGUGAACAGAAUGCAUACCUUGUAUCUAGUACAGAUAAAAGUGUAAAAAAUGAACCUCUGGUUGUCACUAAGACAGAACCAAAUAUUAGUGAACAGAAUGCAUACUUUGUAUCUAGUACAGAUAAAAGUGUCAAAGGUGAACCUCUGCUUGUCACCAAAACAGAACCAAAUAUUAGUGAACAGAAUGCAUACCUUGUAACUAGUACAGAUAAAAGUGUCAAAGAGGAACCUCUGCUUGUCACCGAAAUAGAACCAAAUAUUAGUGAACAGAAUGCAAAUCUUGUAUCUAGUACAGAUAAAAGACAUGAAAUUUUACAAGAAGUAUCAAGUGAGAGCCUGUCUGUUCAAGAAAAUUUGCCAUCUAUUGAUGAUAAUUUAAUUCAACAAAAUGGCUCUAAUACACCAAAAAGUGAGAUUGCAACAGAAAAUGAUGGUACAAGCACAAUAAAAGAUCACACGAGUAUUGAUAAUGAAAGAGCGCAAACCAUAGAGCUUGAUAAGUUUUCAGAAAGCAGCACUAUUUCUCCAAACAGUGACGUAACAACUAUAUCACCAGAAUCAGGGACAACUGUAGAGCCAACAAUACCAGCUAUAGAAACUGAAUAUACUACUGAUACUAUGUUACAUGAGUCUAAACCUCAAACAAUACCUGCCGCUGAUAUGAACUUACUCCUACAGGAAUUGCAAAAUAUGGAUAAAACUACACUUAAAGUACCAUAUGUAUAUGCAACAUCUGAAGCAGCUAUUAAAAAAGAAGAUGUUGUAGCAGAAUCUGUUGCUGAAGAUAGAUUGCUUGAAAUUAAUACUGUAUCAACAACCACAGAGCAAUCACUAAUAGAAACUAAAUCUAACAGUCAGCAAUCAAGCGAAUUAAAUACAGAUUCUACAAGUUCAGAUGACGUUUUGGCAACAACUGAGACACCUGUGACAGAAACAUACAUAAGCAGCACAACAGAGGGUUUAAUUGAAGAAAUAUUUACCUCUACAACAGAAUCACCACCAGUUGAAAGUGAAAAUGAAGGGAUCUUUUCUAAUAUAUAUUCAACUAUCGCCGAUAUCUUACCACCGUCUACGGAGGCCCCUCCUGAAGAAAUAUUUAAUCCUGAUCUUGUUGAGGCACCAGAUAGCGAAUCAAGCUUUACCUUGACAUCAUAUCUUUUUAAUAUGUUAAACUCAGUUAUUGGAAGUAAGGAACAAAGUAAUGAAUUGUAUCCUUCAACUGGUGACACCUGUUUCUCUGAAGAAUAUUGCGAUGGUGAAGCACAUGGUCAGCGCAAUAGAUUUAUAACAUUCAUUCUUACUACAGCCACAUCUGUACUUCUUUUCACUUUGGGAUAUUACUACAUUGAUAAUAAACGGCAAGACAGCAAAUUUAUCGGUACUAUAAACAAACUACAGAGAGAAUUGCUUUUUGCUACCAAGGAGUGUGAGAUCCUUAAAGAGGAGCUUGGCACUACAAAAAACAAAUUAAACUCGAUCGAAGACAGUUCUUUUGGGAAAGACGACAUGGUGCAAUCAUUAAAAGAAGAAAUUGAUGAGAUGAAAGCACAAAACGAUAGACUUAGAAAAUCUUUAGAUGAUAAUGAGAAGUUGUUGAGGGUGUCUGAAAAUACAGCUGGCGAGCUGCAGAAUACUUUAAGUGAAGUAGAGAACACUCUGAGUGAGCUGUGGGGAGAGAGAGCACAGUCUGAGGAGCAAAUUGCUGAAUUGAAUGAGAGAAUACAGGUAUUUGAAGAGGAGCUAAUAUCUGUGACUCGGGAUAGAGACAAUUAUCAACUUAAGUUUGCCUCAGCCGAGAGUGCGUUAGACGACUACAAGAAGCAAAAGAAACUUCUAGAAGAUAUCAAUCAUCAACUCAUUGAAGCAAAUAAUACAAUUGAAUUGCAGAAACAUGAAAUUGUUGCUUUGAAGGAUGCAUUAAAACAAGUGAAGGGCGGCGCUCAGUCUAACGUUGACGUGACAUCUCUAAUAGAUCACACCGAAAUCAAAGCCAAACUUUCCAAAGCACUUGAAGAAAGGGACACAUACAAAACUCGAUUUGAGGUGGCAGAGAAAGAAAGAAGUCGUCUUGCAGAUGAAUUGAAGACCACACAAGACUCGAUGAAGACGACAAGUCAGCAGGCUACCGAAGCUCUUACGAGACUGGAUGUGCUCGGGAAGUACUUCCAAGAACGAGAGACUGAAUUGAUGAAGGAAUUGAGCACAAAGGAAUCCUUAUGGUUAAGCAAACAAGGGGAAUCGGCCAGCACUGUGGAGAAAAUUGAGUUGUUGCAACAAGAAGUUCAAAGAUUUAAGGAGAAAUGCGACACAUUAACCCUGGAAUUAGCCGAACAAGAGUCAGCCCGUCGCACCGCCAUCAGCGAGAUGGAGACUCGUGCGCACUCCGCUUGGCUCGAUGCUCGUCAGGCCAAGAGAGAGGCGGAUGCUGCCAAGGAUGAAGCGGCGGCCCUGAGGAGGAAGCUGGCCGCCAUGCAUCAGGCUGACGGUGCUGCCUCUCCCAAUAGAGGGGUAGCAUCUCCUCUUGAAGCAGUGGAUGGUCUACCUCCAGCUCUGCCUCUAGCCUUCCUGCCGCCCCCUUUGCUGCCGCCGUUGCCACGUCCGCCGCCGCUGGGACGACUGCCUUCACCCCACGGCCCAAGAUACAGUGAAAGGCGAUACUCGCCCGAUAGGCGGUACUCACCAGAGAGCCGGUACUCACCUGCGAGUAGGUACUCACCCGAAAGCAGGUACUCACCUGAAACUGUCCGGUACUCACCAUCGAGACGGUAUUCACCUAGGUCUCGCCGGUCUCCAUACUCGCCCCGGUCGAGGCGGCGAUCGGUUGAGAGAUACGAAAGUGGGCGUGGCUCCAGAGGUCGCAAUGGUCCAGCCGACACCGAGACGGAAUACAACUCGGAUAGUCCCACUAGAAGACCCAGGCGACGAUACACUUCGCGCUCAGGUGCUAGUUCAGUUUCGGGUUGUUCCUCGGAGUCAGAAAAGUGA